CCUCUGCCAUACAAUCAAUCCUACAUAAUUCAAAGUUCAAGUUGACAAAAUUUAUGAAGUAACUUUACCACCUAUAAAUCAAUGGAUCAACGGCCGUAUCCUAACGCCGGAGGGAUGAAAGAACACGAUGAUGGACUCGCUUGGGAGAUGAGGCCCGGCAGUAUGCUUGUUCAAAAGGAAUCUGUAUACGGUCAGCCCACCGUGAAAAUCAAUGUCUCUCAUGGCGCUCAACAGUUUGAUUUCUCCGUCCCUUCUUUCUCCACCUUUGGGGAUUUGAAAAAUCUUAUUGCCAUUAAAACGGGUUUGGAUCCAGAGAUACAAAAGUUGUUCUUCAGAGGACAUGAGAAAGAGGACAAUGAGCAUUUACAAAAUGCAGGAGUCAAGGACAAUGCUAAGUUGUUACUCGUCGAAGAGAAACCAAUAAGAGAAAGCAAUCUUGAAGUUCAAUUUAAUCCCGAGCCAACAAAUCCAACAAUCGAAGACAUUACACAACAGAUGUCUGUUCUCAAAGCACCAUCCAGUGAAGAUAAGAAACCCGAAGAAUCCCAGAAGUCAGAGUUAUCUCGAGCUUCUGUAGCCAUAGCUGAAGUUAGAUCAGAGGUUGAUAAGCUUGCAGAACAGGUUGCUGCUCUUGAAGAAGUCAUAAAUUGUGAUAAUAAAGUCGAAGACAAACAAUUCAUGGUAUUAACCGAGUUUCUGAUGAGGCAAUUAUUGAAGUUGGACAGCAUAGAAGCUGAAGGGGAAGAAAAGUUGCAGCGGAAGACAGAGGUGCGUCGAAUCCAAAACUUGGAGGAUAAGUUGGACAGUUUGAAGGAAAGAAAUCGUAAAUCUUCAUUCAGUCAUAGUAGUGACACAAACAGCAAUACCUUCUCCAUAACUACGAAUUGGGAGACAUUUGAUUCUGGAAUGGGAAGCCUAGUCCCACCGUCCUAAUGCCCUUCAAGAACAACCCUUUUUUUUCAUUAGGGUUUCUAGCUGAUUGGUAUUCUGCUUCUCUCCAACUCUAUACAUAUAUAUUUAAAAUUGUAAACUGGGGCAUACAUUGUUACCAAGUUUAUAUCAUUUUUAAUGAUUUUCAGACUGUUCCAUAGGGGAUCAUGUUAUAUUAAGUAUUGAAUCGCUGGUCUUUGUUGUAUCUGAAACACACAAAGAGAAUGAUUAAUUUGUUAUAAUGUGUUGCAAAGUUACUAAGGUCUCAAUUUAUGA